AUGAUGAUAAAGAGGAUGAAAUAACUAAAGCAGUGUAUAAUCAAUUAAGGCCCAUACUAGAGAAUAGCAUAUUAAUGAGUCCUGAAGAAGUAUUAAAGAAAUGGCACAUAGCAUAUAGUUGGGGUUUUCCAUACAGAUUUUUAGAUGAUAAUGAGAAUAUGUCACGUCGAAAAGUUAUACAUCGGAUGGGUGGUCGUCAAGUAUUUUUAAAGAAGAUACGUCAGUAUUUAGAAAGUGAUAUAGCUAUUCCUAGUGUUAGUCAUGUAUUUUUAAAGAAUGAAGUUUUAAAAUUAUCAAAAGUAGAAAUAGAAGAGAAAAUUAGAAGUAUAAUUGCCAUGGAUCCUUUAACUUACUUCAACGGCAUGUUAGUAAAUGGAUAUCAAAAUAAAAACUUUGAUCCUAUGAAUGGGUGUGCUAUUGGAAUGUCCAGCGCACAUGCCAUACCUCUACUUAUCUUUGAACAACAUAGAUCUUAUAAGGUCCAUCUGCAAAUGGACAUUACAUCUAUGGACUCGACUAUGAGUUAUAAUUACAUGCGAAUGUUAAUGAAAAUUCGUAUGUUAGGUUAUGCAAACCAUCCACAAUGA